AUGGCGACCUCCAAGCCACGCCGUUCCAGUCGUACGAGGAGAACGGCGACGACUCUGGCGGAGAUCCCCGACCACCUCGUCGCGGAGAUCUUCCUCCGGCUGCCCGCCGCGGAAGACCUAGUCCGUGCCUCCGCCGCCUGCGUCUCCUUCCGUCGUCUCGUCACCGACAAAUCCUUUCUCCGCCACUUCCGCCGCCUCCACGACCCGCCCCUCCUCGCCUUUUUCGACCGCAACGGGUUCCACCAUCCCCUCCCGCCUCACCCCUUCGCGCCAGCCGCCAGCGCGCUCGCCGACGCCGCCGACCUCUCCUUCUCCUUCUUCCCCAACCACGGCCGCUGGUCCGUUCAGGACAUCCGUGAAGGACGCAUCCUCCUCCUCCGCCCUGGCGCCGCCAAGCAGCCCCAGGUCUCGAUGGAGGCCGCGGUGUGCGACCCCUUGCACCGGAAGUACGUCCUGCUUCCCCCAGUACCUGAUGACCUGGCCGCUUCGAUGAUGCACCACCCGGCCACGGCGCACACACCCUGGUGCGAGGCUUUCCUUGUUCCCCUUGAUGAGGAGGCAGAGACGGCAUUCGGUGUGAUGUGGAUGUUACAUUUCACAACUAGGCUGGCAGUGUUCGUCUACUCCUCGACCACUAGACAGUGGCAAGCUGUUGCAUCCAAGGAGUGGAAUGAGUUGCUCCUUGGAAAGGGCAAGUCGACCAUGGUGUCACCGAUCGACCGUGACUUUUAUGGGCGCUAUUACGCCUAUGGCUGCUUCUACUGGGAGUCCACCAUGAUGGGGAAGAAAGAUUUGCUCGUGUUUGACACCCGGAGAAUGGAGUUCUCUAGUUGUGACCUCCCACCAAAAGAAUUGUGUCCGCUAGGUCUGGCCAUUGUGGAGGCAGGGGAAGCCAGGCUUGGCUUGUUCGGUAUCCAUGUUGAAGCCGGAAAGUUUGAUCUCUGUUAUUACAUCAAGGGAAACAAAUGUGAGAGUUCUAGCCAGUGGCAGCUGGAGAAGACAAUCCCAAUAUGUUCAGGCUGCUGGCCUGAUAUCAAAGCUGCAACCGGGAGGUACUUGCUCCUAGGAAAGUUUGGACCCAUGCGGUUCGUAAACUCAACUGCACACGAAGAUUUGGAAUAUAUCUCAGUUGAUGUCAAGACAUUGCAGCUUGCGAGGGUUUGUACUAAAUCUUCCGGGUUUGCCUUUUCCAAGACGUGGAUAUAUACCAACUUCCCACCAUCAUUGUCUUCACCAAAAAUAUGA